AUGGCUCUGCUUCGAGCGGGUUACACGGUGAUCGAAAUGUGGGAGUGUGACUGGGACAAGUUGGUGGCCAUGGAUGAAGCUGUCCAACGUUUCCUGACGUCGUUUGAUUUGGUGGCACCCUUGGAACCCCGCGAGGCCUUCUUUGGGGGUCGCACCGGUGCGGUGGCCCUGCAUGCCGUGGCUGGGGAAGGGGAGGAAAUACGAUAUGUGGAUGUCACGUCCCUGUACCCAUGGGUGAAUAAGAACUGCCCUUACCCUAUCGGUCAUCCCCAGAUCAUCACCCAGCCCGCCGACCAGUCUUUGGCGUCCUAUUUUGGUAUUGCUACGGUGGACAUUCUGCCCCCGGCUGGUCUAUUCCACCCGGUCUUGCCUGUACGCUGUGGCCAAAAGCUCACGUUUCCUCUCUGCCGUGCCUGUGUCCAGACAGAGCAAGCCCAACCCAUGUUGACCCGAACCCAGUACUGCCCUCAUUCCGACGCGGAUCGUACACUACGUGGGACCUGGUGCACGCCCGAAUUGGUCAAAGCGGUGGAAAAGGGGUACACCCUGAUCAAAAUCCAUGAAGUCUGGCAUUUUUCCCCCGAGCAACGCCAAACGGGUCUUUUCGCUGAGUACGUCAAUACCUGGCUCAAACUCAAGCAAGAAUCUGCGGGGUGGCCCAGUUGGUGUCAGACCCUCGAGCAGAAACGCGAGUACAUUCAUCGCUACCAGGAACGGGAGGGGAUCCGACUGGACAUUGCCAGUAUUGCCAAAAACCCUGGUCGUAAGGCCACCGCCAAACUCAUGCUGAAUAGUUUCUGGGGCAAGUUUGGCGAGCGGAUCAACAAACCCACCACCGUCACCGUUCAAAACCCCGCCCAUUUGUUCAGCCUCGUUUCCGAUGCGGCUCUUGAUCUCAGUACGCUCCGCCUCUGUACCGACGACAUUUUGGAAGCCGUCUACACCAGUGUCCAAGACAAUGCUGUCAAAGGCACCAAGACCAACAUCUUUGUGGCGGCGUUCACCACGUGUCAUGCCCGAUUGAAACUCUACGAGUCCCUGGACACUUUCCAGCAGCAAGUGCUUUAUUAUGAUACCGACAGUGUAGUGUACAAGUGGCGUCCCGGUCAACCCAGCAUUACCACUGGGGAUUUUCUAGGGGACAUGACGGAUGAAUUGGACGGGGAUGUCAUCACCGAGUUUGUUUCGGGGGGCGCCAAGAAUUAUGGGUACACGACCCGUGGAGGUAAAGUGGUGUGUAAGGUCCGCGGUUUCACGUUGAACGUCCGGGGGUCGGCCAUUCUCAAUUUUCAUACCAUGAAAGAGAACAUUCUCUCAGAAUUAGACUCGCCUCAGGACACUCGUCGAAAUUUGAACAUUGUCAACCCCUAUCAUUUCACACGGGAUUUGGAAAAGAAACACAUUCAAGUGGUUCCGCGCGUGAAGCAGUAUGGAUUGGUGUUUGAUAAGCGUGUCAUUGAUGUGUCUACUCAAUCCAGCUAUCCCUAUGGCUACGAGAGGAUUGGGGACGAAUUGGAUCUUCUAUUAGAUUUGUAA